AUGUUUGAAGGCUUCCCCCGAGGCUUAGUGCUGCCUUCUGUUCACUCCUCUCCCCCCCAGCUGCCCCCCGCGCUGGACAAGUACAAGAGCGUCUAUCGCAAGGACUUCUGCUGGCACGACGAUUAUCACUCCCCCAUCCAGGCACACGUUCCGACACCUUCAUACCCUCCUCUGGAAGACCUGCCCAAGUGCUACCUGCCAGAGUUCCAGCCCUCUGACCUGUCCCCAAGAUGGGCAGGGAAACUGGAGAUUCUGGCUGAGCCUGUGCACGACCUGAGCUGCUGCUCGCCCCUUCCACCUCCUGCUCCCACAGAUGAAACUGAGGUCUCAGGGGUGUUGGAGCCGAGAGAGCUGCCACCACCUGCUAACGUGGUCACCUACCAGCAGUUUGCCCAGGAUUUGUACAAGGAAGUGCUGUCCAAUGCUGAUAAAUACAAAACCAAGAACAGGAGCUCAGCUGUUUUACUGCAAGGUAAUUCUGCUUCUCUCCUUUUGUCUCGUUCAGAUUUUAACAGCGGGAAGAUGCUGACGGACAGGAAUGAAUCCUGGCUCUCCAAUUUCUCCUCCGCUGCCUCCUCCUUUGCAAGGGGAGGGGUUGGGCUCCAGGAGGUGCUGGUGGGGCUUGUCCUCACCCUCAUCGACGUGGUGACACUGCUGGGAAACACCGUGGUGUUCCUGUGCCCCGUGGUGGAGAAGAGGCUGCGCACGGUCACCUACAUGUUCAUCAUGUCCCUGGCCAUGGCAGAUUUCCUGGUGGCCUGCCUGGUGAUGCCCUUCAGCAUCAUUUAUGAGGUGACAGGGAUGUGGCUCUUUGGGAAGCUGUUCUGCAAAGUCUGGAUCUCCUUUGAUGUCAUGUUCUGCACCGCAUCCAUUGUCACGCUGUGCUUCAUCAGCCUGGACAGGUACUGCUCCGUGGUCACCCCCUACCACUACUCCAGGAGGAUGUCCCGGGGCAGAUGCAUCGUGAUGACCUGCACGGUCUGGGUGUAUUCCUCCCUCAUUUCCUUCCUUCCCGUCAUGCAAGGCUGGAAUGAGAUCCCUGGGGUAGACUUUGAUGCGGGCAGGGAAUGCAUCUUUGUCACCAACUGGGUUUUUGCCAUCGUGGCUUCUGCCCUGGCUUUCUUCCUCCCCUUCAUGGUCAUGUGCAGCAUGUACUUCUUCAUCUACCGAGCCUCCCGCCUCAAGGCCACCCGCAUCAUGUCCCAGACGCUGGAGAUCCACUACCACCCCAACAGCAAGAGGCAGAACCACCUGCAGCUGGAGAACAAGGCCACGAGGACCAUCAGCAUCAUCAUCUCCGUGUUUGUGCUGUGCUGGCUGCCCUACUUCGUGCUGAACGUCUGGCUGGCGGCCAGAGGCAGCGACUCCACCAGCACCGUGCUGCUCGGCACCUUCAAGAUCAUCACCUGGCUGGGCUACUGCAACUCCACCAUCAACCCCCUGCUCUACGCCUUCCUCAACAGGGACUUCCAGCACGCCCUCAAGAAGCUGCUCCUGUGCAGGCGCAGGUCUCAGGUGGACGUUGGGGAAGACAUGGUUUCCAUAGCCACGUUUUCCAAGACGGCUCCAGAGCUGGAAUACAGCGCAGCAGUGCCCAACGGUGCCCCCAAGGGCAAACCCAAGUCAUAG